AUGACUCAGUCCAUUCCGACGACUACGAAGCAAUGGAAUGUUGCAAGUUACAACGGCAUCGAAUCUCUGGUAUACUCAGAACAGCCAGUGUCCGAACUAGGCGACACCGAAGUCUUAGUGAGGAUCCAUGGCGCUUCCCUUAAUUUCCGAGAUAUCGUCGUCACUCAGGGGAAAUUUCCCUAUGGCUCGAAACCUAACGUGGUCCCCGGUUCCGACGGCGCGGGAAUCGUCGUAGCCGUCGGCAAGCGCCUAUCGAAAUUCGGCCUCGGCGCCUCGCUGGACGGCACGCUGCGCACGCUGGGCGCGUUCGACGAGCAGGGGCUCGUCUCGAUGCCCGAGGGCCUGAGCUUUCUGGAGGCCGCGACGCUGAGCUGCGCGGGGCUCACGGCCUGGAACGCGCUGUUCGGGCUCGCGGGGAAACCCGUCGCCGCGGGCCACUGGGUCCUGACGCAGGGCACCGGCGGCGUGAGCGUGUUCGCCGUCCAGUUCGCGAAGCUGGUCGGCGCCAGGGUUAUCGCGACGACGAGCUCGGCCCGCAAGGCGAAGCUCCUCGAGAAGCUGGGCGCUGAUCACAUCAUAAACUACCGAGAGACGCCCGACUGGGGCUCUGCGGCCAGAGCGCUAACUGGGGGAGUAGGCGUCGACUACGUCAUUGAUGUUGUAGGGCCGACUUCGCUGAAGCAGAGCGUCGAGGCCGUGAAGCACGACGGCGUGAUUAGUGUUCUGGGAGGCGUCGGUGGUGGAGACUCGACAGCGGAGAUGCCGGUCUUGUUGGAUUGCUGGAUGAAGUUGUUCACGGCUCGUGGUCUAUGGGUCGGCAGCAGGAUGCAGAUGGACGACAUGUGUCGCGCUAUCGAGGCCAACCUGGAUAAAUUGCGCCCUGUCGUCGAUCCUAAUAUCUUUACGCUCGAACGGACAAAGGAGGCAUACGAGUACCUAGCGUCGGGAAAGCACCAGGGGAAAGUUUGCAUAGAAAUUGCGUAA